AUGACCAGGAACAGAACUAGGGGGCUGAGACGGGGGCAGGAUGUCCAGAGCUCGAGCAGGGGCUCCGAUAGGGCAGCCACCAGCGCAAGCUCCGCCAACUCUUCAAAUUUUGACGAAGAAAAUUUUUGGUCGUCCCUAGAAAAGAAUUACUUUUCACCGCCCCCGGUACAGCUCAUCAGAUCGAUAAAAAAUGCGAGGCAAAUGUACAAGAUCAUAGAUGCAAGCGUAAGCGGAGGAAGAGGUAAGGAUACACGGGCAAAGCCAUACUCUAUCGAAUUCAAAGUCAACAAGUGCAGGAGGUACAAGGACAGCUUUGAAUGGGCGGUAAAGUGUGCUAGGGACAGGUAUGGCGAGGGGUGGCCCGCGGCCAGGCGUACCCAGAGCGGGUUCGAUCCCGAAGUCUCCCCAAAGUACCACGGUAGGGGGACUCUGCCGCUAGUUAUGCGCCCUGGCCCAAAUUUCCUAACCCUAACCCUAAUGGACUCUCCAUUUUCCCUGCAAACAGAAGUACUAAGCACCCCCGCCUGUCGCAGCGAUGGCAAUGAGCUCUACGGCUGCAAUGACGAGGCGUGGGCCCUGCACCCCAGGUUUUCACUGAUAGCUAAAAGAUGCAGUUUCAGCUUCUACCCGCCCUAUACAUAUCAACAAUUUCCGGAGCGUGUACCAUUUUGUCACAGGUGCAAUGGCCUGCAGCGCAGCUGCGGGGAGGCGCCCACAAUGGAUUUUAACAUAAGGCCCACCUUUCCAGAGGCAUGUUUCAUUCCUAGCAAGUUGCCUAUAAACCAAUUGCGUCGUUCCAUGUCAAACAUGGACAAUUACAUGAGUGAGAUCAUCCCUAAGGACAUUUUCAAGCCUUUUGAACGAAGGCGAAAAAUACAUGAAAACGAGCCCAAAUUUUCAAGCGGCUUUGCCGCCCGCAUAGAAGACGAUUACUGCGCCACUUUUGAAUUCUAUACAGAUUUAGUGGGAAAGCUUGGGCGAAAGCUUGACGAUCUUCUACAUGCAUGCGAAGCAGAAAAGCACCCCAACUAUGCCGCCUGGAAGGAAACUGAGCUCCGUAUGAUGUCACAAUACAUGAACGAAUAUAGGGAAACAAAUACGGACACUCUAUACGCCUACACCAGCGCAAUUCAGAUUGGAAACAUACAGCACCUUCGAGUCACCUGUAAAGAUAGCGCAAUGCUUCCUUCGAACUGGACCGAAAAAGCCCUCUGCAGCGUCUGUUCCACAGCUGAUGACUGGGAUGACAAUCCAAUUAUGUUUUGCGACUGCUGUUACCUGCCCAUGCACGUAAAAUGCGUUGCGGCUGAAGUGCAGGAGCUGGGAGACGAGUCCUGGGUCUGCCAGCUUUGCUCUUUCCUCAUCUCACAAAUUCCCCACAUUGAAACGCCACGGGCCUUUGAUGCUAUACGCAGAUUGGGCACUGAAGAUGUAGAAAAACGCGGAGAGUGUUUAGUCAACAAUCUAAGGCUUGCUAAGUUCGAUUCUACAGUGCCGUUCUUGCCAAUCAGCGACACUGUCUACGACAAAUUCGUUAAGGCCGAGGCUAGUGCAACAGUUGAUAAUAUCUACAACGGCUGGCCCUUCGUUAGGGACCCUCGUAUCUAUGCUAAAAUGUCUACACCACACCACACAGAUGCCGCCCCUCUAGUGCCCUUCUGUAUGCUCUGUGGGUUUAGUACCCUCUGCCUGGCGGGCGGGCCCGCCCUACCCACCAACAGACCCCCCCUUUGGGCCCACGUCAAGUGCGCGCUUACCAUUGAAAUCGCCCCCAAGCGCUCCGGAGAGGAGGCUCAGCAAGCCCCGCGCAAGGGCGGGGCCCACCUUUACACGGGUAGAUGCUUCGACUGCAAGCGGUGGGGAAGCUGCCUUGUGCAGUGUAGCAACGCAGAAUGUACCAAGUUCUUUCACAUACCCUGCGUUACGGCAUUGCGUGAAUGUCUGUACGAAUGGGAUACGGUAUUAAACAAGCCGGAAAUCCUUUGUCAAGUACACGCCAAGGGCGUGUCUCCCACGUCACUACUACGCAAGGUACAGCAGCGAUUAGAGGGUGACUGCUACCGGAACAGGGCAGGCACCCCGGGCGGAUUGGACGUCCCUUUCAAGCGCGACGGCUCCUGGAAACUGGGCAUAUAUGCCAAGGACUUUUUGGAAACGGACAAGUCACGGCUGCUGCAACUCUUUAGGGACGCAUACUGCAGGUUCAGAUCCCCCGAUUCUGAUGGGGAUACCAAAGGGGCAGCGCAUGCUGCCGAAGCGGGGACGGAAGGGGUCUUAUUGGUUUGUUUCAACCAGAACGGGCUUUCUCCUCAGUUUGACCUGCAGCCCGAUGGCCCUGCGCCGGCCUCGCCCCCAGGGGGAGGUGGGUUGAAGCGGGAGCGUGAGUCAUUGGAGCAGGGACCAUUAGAGCAGAUGGAGUUGGAUCGGGGGCCAUUGGAGCCCGUGGCGGUAGACGACGAGCUCGACGUCAGCAUACCGCUGGAGACCCUGCCCACGCCCUGCAUGCUGAUGGACAUUUUCACCGACCUUCCAAGCUUCCAGACCGUUAGGUACGCGAGCGGCCUGACGGAUGACAAGAACGUGUCCUUUUUCCGCAGUGCUUGUGAGGCGGCUGUCGUGCUGUCCGAGCUGUUUAACUUGGGUAGGGAUGUGAAGUUUAUUGUCAAUCUGUUUAACUAUAUUUCUGGAGUAUCCUUUAGGAGAGGACUGGAUAUUUGCGGGCCCGAGGUGGCGAGGCAGAUCAACUCUAGGGCGGCGGACCAGUUUUGCAGCGGCUGCGGAAUCGUAGAGAGCAAGCGGGUGACAGUCAAGAGGUGCGGGUCGUGUCUAGCAUCAAUUUGCAAAAGCUGCUUCGCCUUCGGGGUAGGAGCGGCGAGAAGUACCGCAAAUUGCACAAAUUCUCAGUUUGAGAGCGGAGUUGUGACCUGUGCCAGGUGCUACCGAUUCGUUUGCGGGCAGUCAUUUGGGUCGUGCCACCUGUGCGGGAGACUCGACGGAUUCCUCUUUGCAGGCUCUGAUUGCCUGGUCCACUUGAUAUGCGCCCAACUACUGAUACCGCCAAAGUGCUGGGGAGACGGACUUAGACUUGGACGGGUGAAAAAUACGCGGGUCGGGUCGUGCCACUAUUGUCGCCUGAAUAUUGGACUCACAUCAACUUGCGCCUCGCCAAUUUGCGGUGUAAGAUUUCAUCCAUACUGCGCCUUUGUCCUAAAGAAACAUUCUAUAUCUACACCUACAGGUUCUGCAACUGUUAGUUCUUCUCCGUGUGUAGCCGGGCCAAAAAAAGACAGAACUAAUAGCGAGAAACUUUUGAAGGCCAAAAAGCCCGGAGUUGCAUUCGCCAGAAUUCUCUGUGUGGUGCAUAGCGAAAAGGGCGACGCUAUUCACAGCCGUGAAUUUACAGACGCCGAUAGACGCGCCGCUGUGUGUGACUUUUUCCGGGGAAUCGAUUACACCUUCACACACAGGCAUACAGACGGCAAGGGCCCUACACUCAUCCGCACACAAUCAAAUAGCAGUGGCACUGUAUCUACUAGGAAGAAAGGAGAAGGAAAGAUGGAUGCGGAGAGAAAACGGGGGGCGAAGAAACCUGACCUGAGGAAGUUCCUCACAAUGCAAGAAAUUAUGCAGUAUGGACACUCCGGAAGGACCAGUGACGACCAAUACUAUUGCCCUAUCUGCUUUUCGCUCUACUACGAAACAACUCCAGGGCUACCUGGCGAUGACCUGCACUGGAUAGGGUGCGACGGCUGCGAGCGAUGGUUUCACUGGAUCUGCAUCGGGUACAGCGACAACGAUCCGCCCAAGGACUCCGACUGGUUCUGCGUAACCUGCAAAAAUCCAAAGGAAGGUCAGCGCGGCACGGAUGCGCAGCAUCAGCGCUAG